AUGGCUUCCAAAUACGUCGGUGAUCAGGAGUCUCAACGCAGACAACGAUAUUCAGACAUUGAUGAAAAUCCCCGUAGAAAGCUAAUACCAAUUAGUGGAUAUGAAGCAUAUCCAAUAGUGACAUUGGAAGAGGCUGUUGAACCUCUAAAAAACAUUGUAGGCAAUGUCAAAAAUAAUGCUGAAUGGGCUAAAUGGAAAUGUGAAGAGACACCAGAGGAUAAUCUAACCGUUGAUCAAUCAGCAGCCAUUAUUCUUUAUACAAUGGAACCGAGUGAUGAAAACCAACGUGUAUAUUAUGCACUCAAUUCAACGCUUCGGGAUGAGGAUCGAAAAUGUCUGAAACCGUGGUUUCUGUAUCUGCGAUUAUUACUAUCUGCACUUGCUCUUUUGCCAAGCCUUCACACUCAUGUAUACCGUGGAGUUAAAGGCAACUUAAAAAGUGCAUUGAAAAUAGGCGAAAAAAUAAUUUGGUGGGGAUUUAGUUCAUGCACUUCAGACUUGAACAUACUGAACAACGAUCAAUUCCUCGGUUCAACAGGAGUAAGAACUUUGUUCAAUAUCGAUUGUAAAACGGGAAAAGAUAUUAAAAAUCAUUCAGCUUUUCCACAUGAAAGUGAAGUUCUUUUGCCGGCUGCUAGAUGUUUUAUGGUUAUUGCAUGUCUUCCACAAGGCACCGAUAUGACUAUUAUACAAUUGAAAGAAAUCGACUCACCUGUUAAACUUAUUGAUCUUGGACCAGAAGUGAAUAUUGUUCCGUCAACUGGAACAGGUACAAGCAAUACAGCAACAGCAUCGAUUACCAUGAGGUAAAUAAAUAUCAUUCUAAAAUGUUAAAAGCGUGAUAGUUUUGUUUUUAGUUUGUCAACAUUGAAGAUCGACAAACAUAUCACAGGUUAGUUUUUAAAAUAAAUCUAGAUGCUGUUACUAGUUUCAUUGAUUAGCAUUGUUUUCGAUAAUGAUCAAUAUUGUGAUUAAAAAUAGAAGUAUUUCAAUUCAAUUCAUAGACAGAAUUAGCGGAUGAGUGAUUUUAGAUGAAAAAAUGUUUGAAAGAAAAGUUUAAUACGAGCCAUCAUGCAGAUAAAAUGUGAUAAGAACUCUAGGUUGCUCUACGGAUCAUCACGAUUAAUAAAACGUUAGUAUCGCAUUGACGGCAAUCGAAUACCGUGUAAUAUCAGUGGUAGGGGUGUCCGAUGUUUUCGUUCAGUGUAUACUGGCUGCAAAGAAUUAGUGGUUAUUUCCCAAUGUCCGUUACAGGCAUUGUUUCAACACAUUGAGCUUUUAUGCUACUACUCCACUGAUCGAUAUAUACGAGAUUCCUAUGCGUUCUUGUUCCAAAGAAUUGGAUAUCUCUGAUCAUGGUGAGACUUUAGUUGAGUUCACAAACUCUAGAGAUAUAUUUUUACUUUGUAAUAAUGUAUAUACGAACCAUUAAUGUGAUAGCUCUUAUAUAGAUAUAUGAAGGAAAUAUGUAAGGAAGGAAAGAGAGAUAUAUGAAGAGCGAAAGAGACAAGCAGUGUCACUGAUGUUAUGUGGCAGAACGAUGAAAAAGAUAACCUCUGUGGGAAUCGAGCCCACAUCUCCUGCUAUCCGGGCAGUUGUCCUUAGCCAGUUAGACUAGAAGGUGCAGCUUAAUCAUCGUUUAGUGUCCAUGUGAUCCAUCAUGGACAUUAACAUAAUGAUUCUUAGUAAGUCGCCUAUUUCAUUAGCGGAAGACGUUAUGGUCUGGUACUCCGAAAACUAAGAAAAAACUUAAUUGACUUUUUAAUGACUUUUAGAAUUUAGACUAUUCAUCUUUCCAAAAAUAUUCAUCAUUUUAGCAUGUUCAAUUUUUUCCACAAAGUCCUGAACGUUUUGAGACUUGACUGUUUGUUUCACGUUCACGAAAAGAUAGGAGAUCCUGUUAUUUGGUAUGAACAUUUGAUUUUUAGUUGAUCGAAUAGUAUUGAUCGCCUUUUUGGCGAGAUAUUGAGAGCGAUAAUAAUUGCCAGCUCUGUCAGAAUUUAAGCCGAAGAGGUAAAUAAGAUGAGAUGGUUAUCUCAUAAACUUCAUUCAAGAGGACAAAAGAAAUAGAUGACGAUCAAUGAUAUCUGUUGAAUUCCACAUACUAAAUCAAUUGAAUUAGUAUAUGAAACUAUAAUAGUAUUAAACAACAGCAUGUGAAGCGUUGAAAUCUGAUUAAAAAAUUACCAAUUCUUUUAUCGAUCGACGCAGUUAUGCAUUUGUCUGACAAAUUUGAUAUUUUUGAAAAUGAAUCCAAACUUCACGGCACCAUUCUCUGAUUUAAAUUACAGUUUAACUUAAUAUUGAUAAGAAGAAUACUACAUAUAAAGACUGUGAAUGCUUUCCAGGAUCAGAUUUAUAUUGAGUUAAAUAGACUUCAUUUGUCUGAAUUUCUAAACUACUAUAUGCCAGUCCAAUAUGACUUACAUUAGAUUAGCUGAUACAAUGAAAAGAAUACAUUAGACAAUCACCUUAAAAACAUUAGCAGAUAACAGAGAACGUCACAGGACCUCCGUCCUGUAGGACCUGC